CUUUGUAACUAACUAGUUACAUCAAACACUGUUAGCAAUGUUGAAAAUCACGUUUGUUGAAACAAAUGUUUUUAAUUUUUAGAUUUUUUGAUGAAUGGACUGUUUAAACCAGUUUUUAUUUCAGUAUUUGUUUUGUUUUAAUAAAAUGGUGGAAUAAAGUAGUGGAAAAAUAUAUACUGAGUAAUGGAAUUUCCCCACUUUUUUCAUGCAUUUGUAAAAGGCUCAUUACAUGUAUAUUUAGAGCAUGUGUGGGUGUGAGCUUUUACUACUGUUUUUGGCAUCUGAUGUUAAGCACGGUCACCUCCUAUAAACCAAUGGAGCACAGAACUGCAGAAAAUGACCACAGAGAUUAUUAUGCAGGGUGAAGAAAACACAAGACAAUAUUAAAGAACAAAAAACAAUAAUACAAGAGAGUUCAUCCAUUCCACAGGUGUCCUGGGGUUUAGUUGAUCUGCUCAGGUCAUGUGCACAGGGGUAGUAAAGUGGUUUCCUCAGGACAGACGGGACAGAAUUCAGGGAACUCUCUAGACAAGAUGGACAAUGAGGGUUUUUCGCCGAGUGACAACAGUGUCAGUGUGGUUUAUGGUUUAAAUGAAUCCCAUCUCGACAUCCAGGGGCAGCGCAGGCCGAAGCAGAGGCGCUCAGUUUGGGGGAAACUGAAGGAGGAGCGCUGGUGUUCAUGGGCGAGGCUGAGGAUGUGUGUUCUGUCUGCAGCUCCACUGCUGUCAUGGCUGCCGCGGUACUCGAUUAGGAGAGACGCGCUCGGAGAUCUGAUCUCGGGCAUCAGUGUGGGGAUCAUGCAUUUACCGCAAGGGAAGGACGUUCAUCUGGGAUAGUCCUAUAGCUAUUUGUUAUGUAGAUGUUAAAGUAGUUGACAAAAGUAUAGUACUUCAUUGGUAUUUCUUUAAGUGAAUAAAAUAAAAUUAGAUAAACAUAUUAAUAAAUAGCAACAAAAUAAAGCAAUAAUAUAUGAAAGAAUCAACAAACCAGACACAUCUGUUUUACAAUUUGUUUUGCUUUUUUUUUUUGCAAAUAAACACAAAAAAGUUAUAAAAAUA